AUGUUCAAACCACCACUACCAAACUAAAGACUGUCAAGCAAGGCCUUAGAUUAACCAAUGAUCCAUGUUCGAAGCAUAGGAUCAAGCCAAAGCAACCGUCUAAACAGAACCUCCAGUGGUUCUCGUCAUAGACCAGCCUCUGGUUAGAGAUCCAUAAGUUUCUCAAAAACAGAUUUACACUCAAAAUAUGGAGUGCCAUUAGUGACAGCCCAGAAUUUUAUAGUAAUGAAUGGUAAUGAUGGACAAAAUUUGGCAGUAAUUCAAUUAAAUAAUUAAGAGAGCUUUAAUUCAAAAAAAAGAGUUUAAAUCGCAUCCCUUACAAAGUUAAUGACAUGUUACGUAGCCAUCUAGUUAAUUAGAGAUCUCAAGAUCAAUAUAUAUCAGAUAAUGUACGUUAGUUAUGAUGUAUAUAUUUUAACAUUUAAGGCUGUUUAAAUCUCGGGAACUUCAGCAUUUUUACGUGCCUAUGACAGAAUUACCUUAUAUGAUUUGCUUCAUGGAUUAAUGUUACCAUCUGGAAAUGAUGCCGCCAAUGUAAUUGCUGAAAAUCUAUCAUCCUUUGUCAAAGACCCAGUGUCCAAUAUCGCCUUAUAAUACAGAAUCUAACCUUUUAUUUCAUUGAUGAAUUAAUAUGCACUUCUCCUUGAUAUGAAUGAUACUUAAUUCUACAAUCCACAUGGUAAACCUACUUCAAUAUUCUCAGGACUAUCUAAUGAUCAAUCCUAUUCCUGUGCUGAAGAUUUGGCCACGCUAUGCAAAUAAAUUAUUAAUGAUCCUUUGCUAAUGGACAUAGUUAAUAAAAAAGAACAUUAAGCGACUAUUUAGAGAAAUAAUAAAUUGAUAAAAUUGACUUGGGAAAAUACGAACAAGAUGUUAGAAUUUGAAGGAUAUUGUGGAUUCAAAACUGGAUUUACUAAUAAGGCUGGUCCAUGUCUUGCCACUUUAUUUAAAAAAGAUUCCAUUUGCAUUAUAAUAAUUAUUUUGAAUUGCUUAUCAAAAGAAGUUCGAUGGGAUGAUACUAUAAAGUUGUCAAAUUGGGCUCAAAGAAAGUUAAAUUUAAAUUGA